UGUUUUGAUUUCCAUUUAAUGUAUAAGAUACAAUCUUGUAAUUUCUUAAAUUGACUUGCAGCGAUCUUUCCUGAUUGUUUCUUCCCAAAUCCAGAGCAGAGUAGAUAAUCUUGAUCUUCUAGUUUACGAGGUGGACAUUUGUGGUGUUCCGGUAACCCUAUAGCUCUUAUAAGCAUGAUGCUUCCGACACCCUUGGCAGUUUUAUUCAUAAUACUUGGGGUCUCUUACAGAGGGGAGGCAAUCACCUGCUAUCGAUGCCUGAAUCUUGCAUCAGGAGACGAUGUACUGCACACUGGACAGGUUUCUUGUGAGGGUGGAUCGUAUGGAGAAGAAGUAGACUGCCCAAUAAGUCCUUAUUUUCCUUCUUUUGACCUAGGCUGCAGUUUCAGCAGUGUCACCUUGCGAUUCAUUCUCAAUGGAGAAGAACACAACGCCUCCUACCUGUCACGCGAUUGUGCCAUCAUUCCCUCAUCCGACGGAUGUUACACUAUCGAUGAAACACCUGAACCCAUAGUUGAAGUGGAUUUAUUAUUCCUAGAGAACAAUCACACCUAUUGUUAUUGCAACCACAACCUCUGCAAUGGCGACUUUGACGUGAGCAACGCUCCAAACCUUGACCCAGAUGGCAUGACCGGACCGAACGGGCCCAAUAUAAACCCCUCUCGGCUACCUCCUGUAUCACCAACAGGAAGUGCAGUUGCGACGUCGGCUUCCAAGACCCUUCUACUCUCAGCUCUAGUCGCCAUUGUCUUUGACCAGUUGUAGGAUCAUUUAUAGGGUUUGUUUGUAUUAGUGCAAGGAUAAAAUACAUAAAGUUUAAUCUUAUUCUAUUUUUUCCUUCCUAUGGUGAUUAAAAAAAUAAAAUAAGUACACAGCAACGCAUCUAACUUUUUUAUUGGUUAACAAUGUUAACUGUACGAAUUGUGUUAUGAGGCAAUUAGUA